GUUAGUUGAAGCUGUAAUACUUUCCCUUGACUGUCCUGCCAUUGGUACAUGGACCAUCUGGAUGAAAGCCAGUCAACCAGCCAGAUGUGACGAAGGCCUUAAAUCAGCAAUGCCAUCCUCAGUAGUUUGCUGUUUGGACACCUGAGGGCCGAGGCCUCCUGAGUGGCUUGUGCCUGAACAAGGCGGCGUGAUGUCGCUGGUGGUGGACGAGACGGCAGGGGACUUGCCGGUCCGAGACGUAGGACUUAUGAGAGGAAGACUGAUGCCAAACAUCCCAGAUACUGUGCGUGAUGUGAAGCCGUGGAAGAAGCCCCAGCUCAUGAAGCUAAAAGACCACCAGCGUGUGUUUCGGGUUCCCAGGGAGCACCUGGAGGAUCAGUGUCUCCGCCUGCAAGACGAAAACACCGUGCUGAGACAGCACACACGCACACAGGAACAGAGGCUGCGCCGGAUGUCCACCAGGCUGAUGCGUCUGCGACAGGGCCGUCAGGGGCUUGAAGGUGGGAAGGAGAGAGACAUGGAGGACACAAUUCAGCAGCUGGAGGCUCAUGUAGCAACUCUGGAAAGCCAGAAGAGGGCGAUGCAGAGCAAAUUGAGUCUGGCUAAGCAGCACAUCAUGGACCUAGGAGGACACACACGUCACAGAUUCAGUAAAGGAAGGGGGAUGGAUGGAGAGGGCGGAGUCAGGAGAGCCGCCCACACAGCCCCGCCUCUCUACGGCCCCACACUGGAAGACACCAGGGAACAGAUAGAGAGAUUACACUCUCUGCUCAGCAGGUCCAGUGUGAUAGAGACCCAGCAGGUGAGGGUGUCAGAGUUGGAACUGGCUGCCCAGGCACUCAGAGACACCCUGAAGGAGAAGGAGAAAGAGAUAGAGGGAACCAUGAAGGAGAUGAGGAAGCAACAGGUGGAAGGACACAGAUUAACCAUCAGAGACAACGUGGACGUCAUCCGACUGCAGAAGCAGCUUUCAGACAAGAGCACUGCCCUGAGAGUCACACAGGAGAAGUUCAACGACUUGCAAGAGGCGUAUGAGAACCAGCUGGAGGAGAGCCAGCGGUCACUGAAAGAGAGCCAAGGGGCUCUGCUGGAGAAGGUGGAGGAGUUGAGCGAGCAACUAAAACAGGAGAGACAGAGAUCAUUGGUGCUGGAGGGGCAACUUACCACUGCCACCUUGUCCCUGCAGGCCUUGGAGGAGCUCGAGGCGAGGAUAUCAGACCUGGAGGGUGAGAAGGCUUUGCUAAAAGAAAGCUACAACACUCUCCUGGAGAGCACACAAAGUCAGCACCACAGCCAGGCGCACAACCGAGACGACAAGGUGCCAGACGACGAUGCGGAGAAAGAGAAGGAUGAAAUCUGGAGGAUGGAUGUCCAGAGACUGCAGGAGAUGCUGCAAGCGGAACGAGAGGAGAGGAGGAGGCUGGAGGAGGAGAAGGAGAGACUGAGGCAAGAGAAGGAGAUAUCAGAGGAACAGAGGGGGCAAGACAGAGACCUGUCUGUGCGGAUUCGGGAUGAGCGGGAGCGGCUGGAGAGGCAGGUUCUCCAGUACAGAGAGCAGGUUUCCACUCUGCAAACCAGGCUGGACUCUGUCACCAUGGAGUUUGAUAUGAGUGUCGAGGAGCUCAGUGAAACCCUCUGGCAGAUCAAGGCAUUUCGGCUCCAGCAGGAGAGCAAGGAGGGAUUGCGAUUCCUAAAGGAUGAUGGAAAGUUGGAGGAGUCGUCCCGUGAGCUGGCAGACAUUCAGGCCUCGCAUGCUGAGACCGUAUUGGAAUUACAAAAAACCAGAGACUUGUUACAGCUUGAACAUCGCAUCACUAAAGACUUACAGGAAGAGUGUAACACAGUAAACCAGAGGUUAGAGAGAGAGGGGGAAGAGAGCAGGAGGAGGAUGGCGGAGAAAGACAAGCUGCUAACAAAGAGAGCUCUUCAGAUUUACACUUUGCAAGCCCAAUUGAAAGAAUUAGCAUACAGCCCCAGGAACUACAAACGGACCAUACCAAUCCAGUACACCUGGCCUGGCGUAGACCAGGAGGUGGUAGAGCCCAUCGAAGAUGACACCUCAUUCGCUCAGCUGAAGGCCGGGGAGUCGCUGUUGGAGAUUCACCUCAAGGCCGCCACCUUUACCCCAGACGGGCUCAGGGACAUGGGCAGUCUUCGAGUAGGAGUGGGCGGCGGCGACAGCAUCGCGACGUUCUGUACCUACGCCCUCCUGGACUUUGAGGUGCACUCUACUCCGCUGGUCUCGGGCAAUCAACCCAACUACGGGUUCACAUCCCGCUAUGCUCUCUCUGCACGUGACCUGGGCAGGCUAGGGGGUCAGGGGUCAAGGGUCAAUGUAGAGCUCCAUCAAGCAGUGGGAGGGGUCAGAUUUGUGACCCAUGGAAGUGGACAGAUGUCCCUGGUGGGUGCGAUGGAGAGGAGAGGGGAGCGCAUCUGUGGACGUGUCAGUAUCACAGGAUCUCGGGGUAACACCAUUGGCGUUGUAGAUUUCUGGGUGCGUCUGUUCCCUCCUGCAGAACCCGUAGACUCACCGGUAGAGAGAGGAACUGACAGAAUGAAAGACAGAUGGGCAGCAACAGAGCGGAGCCCUGGGCAGCACUAUCUAGGCUGGCAGGACAUGACACAGGAGCAGGAAUUGUUUGACUUUGGAGGAGGGGUACCAAAUGAGAUUAUAAUAGUGAUGGAGCGCUGCGUGGGCCUCAGUGCACGCUGGCCAGGACUACUUCCUGACGCCUACCUUACAUACCGCUUCUACGAUUUGCCCCCCCACGUAUCUCCUACAGUCCAGUGCACCGCUGACCCCUUGUUCAAUGAUGCCGUUAGCUAUCCUCUGGCAGUAACAGCUGACGUUUUGCAGUAUCUGAGGUCUGGCAGUCUGUGGGUGUAUGUGUUUGAUGACAGUGAUGAUCAGACACCAUCAGCCUACCUGGCCAAGACCCCUGUCCCUCUCCUGGCCCUGGCCACAGGCAGAGAGAUCAGAGGUGACUACGUUCUUAGGGAUCCAGGCGGUGGUCCGCGGGGCAUGGCCAGGGUGCAAAUAAAAUGGAGGUACCCUUUCCAACCACCGGCGGAGCUCCUGCAAUGGAAGGACAUGGACAGAACGGUGAAAGUGAUGGAGAGGCAAGGGAGGGGUGUUGAAAGACAGGACAGCUCAUUGGAAAAUCAGAGGAGGGAGGUGAAGAGCAGAGAGGAGGCUGAGGAGUCACAGAGGCCCAUUGCCAAGCCAAGAGUUAAGGAGCCUAUGGAUGAGGAGGAGGAGCUGGAGAAGAAAAGGAGCGAGAGUGCAGCUGCCGAGGACAGUGAAGCCCCAGAGUCUGUGGAGUCGUCAUCGCACAGCGUCGACAGCGAUAUCAUCAUUGUUCCCCCAAAACAUAAAACCAGAAAGGGAGACAAAUUAAGAGUCGAGAUCCUCUCCCUCACGUUUGGCCCCUCCACUAACGUGGCCUUGGACAAAUCGGUGCAGCGUGUUUAUGUGGAGUACCGCUUGCUCGGUGUUCCUAUGGAGAGCACGGAAACGCCCAUGUCCCUCCGCAAACCCACGGAAGGAGAGGAGAUUCACUACAACUUCACGAGAGUGAUCUAUGUUGAUGGUUCAGAGUCGGCUCCGCUACGGCAGUACCUCUACACCAUGCUGGAGGGCACUGAUCCCAGCCGGGGCAGAUUAAGGUUCACAGUGGUCAGCGAGCCAAUGGAUGAUUAUGAAGAGUGCAUUGACGUGGGACAUGCCUUCUUGGACCUGCAGGAAUUGCUGCUAACAGGAAAUGAUGUCACCGAGCGACAGAUUGACAUUGUGAGUGUGGAUGAUGAACAGGAAGUGAUCGGAAAGCUGAAAGUGUCUCUGGAAGCAGCGAAAGCGCUCAGUGGGAUAUAUUGGGAAUUUCACAGGAAAAAAGACACUGAGAAGGAUGAGACAGAAGAAGAAGGAGAGGAGGAGGAAGAAGAGAAAAGAGAAGAUCAGAUACAAGUGAUAGAUUACGAUGAAGACAGUGACUUCUACUGAUUAACAGGCUGUUAUUUAUUGGGCCCACCCAUAAGUAAAAACAUUGGUACAUUAAGCC